AAAACAGUUAAUCGGACCCUAGUUGGCAUGAAAAUUUUUCUAAACUCUUGAUUUAAAAAUUGAUUACUGGAUUAAUUAAAGCGAUUCUACUAUCAAUUAUAAUCACAUAUUAUAAUUAAGACAUUUGUUCAUGCAAAUAAAGUAUUUCUGUAAGUAUAAGUGCUGAGUAAAGGAGUAUUAUUUUGUUAAAAGUUUCUUUUGAAAAAAUAUAAAAGUUGAGAGUUCGAUAUUAAGAAAAUAAUGGCGGAUCAGCAAAAAGCAGAUGAUUCAUUAUAUCCAAUUGCCGUUUUAAUCGAUGAAUUAAAGAAUGAAGACAUCCAACUUCGAUUAAACUCUAUCAAAAAAUUGUCAACAAUCGCUUUGGCUUUAGGCGAGGAACGCACGAGAACUGAGCUUGUUCCUUUCUUGACAGAAACAAUCUACGAUGAAGAUGAAGUUUUAUUGGCACUUGCAGAACAGCUUGGAACCUUUACACAUCUUGUUGGAGGUCCAGAUUAUGCUAUGUAUCUUAUUCCACCAUUGGAAAGUUUAGCUACUGUUGAAGAAACUGUCGUACGUGAUAAAGCAGUGGAAUCUCUGCGCAAUGUUGCCGCUCAACACAGUGCUCAUGACUUGGAAGUUCAUGUUAUUCCGACAUUACAGCGUCUUGUGUCUGGCGAAUGGUUUACAUCAAGAACAUCAGCUUGUGGAUUGUUUUCAGUCUGUUAUCCACGAGUUCCAGCAUCUGUGAAAGCAGAACUUCGUAAUCUAUUUAGACAACUUUGUCAGGAUGAGACUCCAAUGGUUCGAAGAGCCGCAGCUGGAAAAUUGGGAGAAUUUGCCAAAGUUGUUGAAGUUGAAUUCUUAAAAUCUGAUUUAAUACCAAUGUUUGUUCAACUCGCCCAAGAUGAUCAAGAUUCUGUUCGUUUACUCGCCGUCGAAGCCUGCGUUAGCAUUGCUCAGCUUUUGCAACAAGAGGAUGUCGAAACUUUGGUUAUGCCGACACUUCGUCAAUGCGCUAGUGACUCAUCAUGGAGAGUUCGUUACGUUGUUGCCGAAAAAUUUGUGGACUUACAGAAAGCAGUUGGACCAGAAAUCACAAAAACUGAUCUUGUUCCUGCUUUUCAAUAUUUACUGAAAGAUACAGAAGCAGAAGUUCGAGCAUCAGCAGCAACAAAGGUCAAAGACUUUUGUGCUAAUUUAGAUCCAACAAAUCGAGAACAAAUCAUCAUGACUUCAAUUUUGCCAUAUAUCAAGGAACUCGUUUCGGAUGCAAAUCAACAUGUCAAAUCAGCAUUAGCGUCGGUAAUUAUGGGCUUAAGUCCAAUUUUCGGACGACAGAAUACAAUUGAGCAUUUACUUCCCCUAUUCUUGACUCAAUUAACUGACGAGUGGCCUGAAGUACGUCUCAAUAUUAUAUCAACAUUGGAUUGCAUCAAUGACGUUAUUGGCAUUCAACAACUCUCUCAAUCUCUUUUGCCUGCAAUCGUUGAAUUAGCAGAGGACUCAAAAUGGCGUGUUCGUUUAGCUAUUAUUGAAUACAUGCCUCUUUUGGCUGGACAAUUAGGACAGGACUAUUUCAAUCAAAAAUUACGAGAUUUAUGCUUUAACUGGUUAAAUGAUCACGUUUAUGCAAUUCGCGAAGCAGCCACACUCAACAUGAAGAAAAUCGUUCAGACAUUCGGUACACAAUGGGCAGAAACAAACAUUAUUCCACAGAUAUUGGUCAUGUACAAGAAUAACAACUAUUUGCAUCGAAUGACAUGCUUGUUCUGUAUUAACGCCCUUGCCGACGUCGUCGGUGCUGAUGUCAUAAAGAGAUUAUUUUUGCCAACCAUCAAAACACUCGCAGCAGAUCCAGUAGCAAAUGUUCGAUUUAAUGUCGCUAAGACACUUUCAAAGGUCAGUCCAUUCUUGGAUCAAGCAACAACAGAAAGCGAAAUAAAACCAAUCCUCGAACAAUUGAACUCCGAUUCAGAUGUAGACGUAAAAUACUUUGCAGCCGAGGCGAUUUCAACUAUUGCAGCGAGUGCUUAAAGGAAAUCACAUUUCUAAUAUAUUCGCGCGCAAGUAGAUUAUUAAUGUUUUACAUGUUGAAAAAAAAAUUAAUUAUGAUGAUCAUAAAAGAAUGGAAGAAUGAAGAAAGUUCAGAGAAAAAGUAAUUCAACAGGAAAAUAUCCAUCUUUUUAGUAAGGAAACAAAAAUAAUAAAUAACAAAUAAUAAUUUAAUUUUCACCAGCUGCACUUUUUGGGGAUUGAAAAUUACUGAAAGUUAAAAAAAUUGUGAAAAGGAAGAAGAUUUUUUGAAAAAAUUGGUUAAUUUAUUUCGAUUGAAAAUGAGAAUUAAAUCCACAUACACAUAUAAUUUCCCAAAAAUGCAUUGAUAAAUCAAGCAUUACAGUUAAUAAAUUUCAUUGAAAACAAAACUAAGGAAAAAGCUUAAUAUCUUUAAUAAAAAUUACUAUAAAUUAA